GUGUCUACGGUAUUAGGCGCCAUUUCGAUUCGCGCAUCCAAGUAUUAGGGUAUUUGCUAGGGUUUAGCUGCUUUCCUUGAGACCGCAGAGCGAGCUUUACUUCGUCGGAGAAACAGGAGUCUUAGCCAUGGCUAGCACCAAAGUUCAAAGGAUUAUGACCCAGCCCAUUAACCUGAUCUUCAGGUUUCUACAGAGUAAAGCUCGCAUUCAGAUAUGGCUUUUCGAGCAGAAAGAUCUGAGGAUUGAAGGACGUAUCAUCGGUUUCGAUGAGUACAUGAAUUUGGUUCUGGAUGAUGCUGAGGAAGUCAAUGUGAAGAAGAAAAGCAGAAAACAGUUGGGUCGUAUUCUUCUGAAAGGCGAUAAUAUCACACUGAUGAUGAACACGGGGAAAUAAUUUUUUGUCAGUUGGAGUACGGAGGUUGGUGACAUCUUUAUGUGUUCGCGGGAUGCGAAUUGAAACAGUGUGUCCUCAUGAAUGACAGAAUAUGUGCCCUGACUUCUAUUUAGAUUGUGUAUUAUGCUAUAGGUAUAUUCGACAUGGUUUCAUUGAAUCAAAUGCUUUAAUUGUUGUAUGAAUUUCUAUCUAUUAAACAGGAUCUGGGCUCCUCUGCAUUUCUGGAUUGCUUGAUGGCUUGACUAUUAGCAGUGUAUAUUUUCCAAGUUUCAGUGGGUUGGGUAUAAAUCAACCACACCCUUUUAUCAUUUGA